AGGUUCGUGAGAAAGGUCGCAGGCGACCGCUGCAGAUACUUAGAGGUAUUGGAGGCGACGCAGGCCAUCCUCAAGGACGUACAGUCUGCGGGCGACCAGUUCUGCACCGGGCGCGGCGGCUCGCUCGCCUGCAGCGGCGGCCGCGGCCAGCGCCGCCCCAGCGUGGGCAGCACCACGGCCGGCACGCCCAGCGCGCUGGUGGACUCCGGCGCCGCCCCGGGCGCCGCAGCCGAAGGCGCGGCCGCGGCGCCAGAGCCGAGCGGCAGCCGCGCGGGGCCACGGGGAGCCACGGGCGGCCUGCGUUCGUCUGGCAGCCCGUCGAGGCCUGCGGCUCCCGGCGCCCCGCCGCCGUCCUCGCCCGCGGGGCCGCCGGGCGGGGCGCCGCGGCCGCCUCCGUGGGCUGGGCCGCGGCUCGGAGAGGAGGUGGGGCUGCGCGAGUCUUCGGGCGGUCCCGCGGCGAAGGGUGGCGAGCCCGCCGCGGGCGACCGCUCGCGGGCCCGCGAGCUGGAGG